UUGCUCUUGGCUGACGCUAGCUAAGCGGAUCUCCAGCAGUCACAUGACUGAGAGAUUUUUUUUUGAGCUGCAGAGUGAAAACAGCUCACUUAUUAAUCACCAUGCCGACCACUCAGCAGUCACCCCAGGACGAGCAGGAGAAGCUGUUGGACGAGGCGAUCCAGGCCGUCAAAGUGCAGUCCUUCCAGAUGAAACGCUGCCUGGACAAGAACAAGCUGAUGGAUGCACUGAAACACGCCUCUAACAUGCUGGGGGAGCUCAGGACCUCCAUGCUGUCUCCUAAAAGCUACUACGAACUGUACAUGGCCAUAUCGGACGAGCUGCACUACCUGGAGGUUUACCUGACCGACGAGUUCGCUAAGGGCCGUAAAGUGGCCGACCUGUAUGAGCUCGUACAGUACGCCGGGAACAUCAUCCCCAGACUGUACUUGCUGAUAACGGUGGGAGUGGUGUACGUGCGCUCGUUCCCUCAGUCGCGCAAGGACAUUUUGAAGGAUCUGGUGGAGAUGUGUCGGGGUGUUCAGCAUCCUCUGAGAGGUCUGUUCCUGAGGAACUACCUGCUGCAGUGCACACGCAACAUCCUGCCCGACGACGGAGAACAGGCCGAGGAGGAGAUGACCGGCGACAUCAACGACUCGAUCGACUUUGUCCUGCUGAACUUUGCUGAGAUGAAUAAGCUGUGGGUGCGAAUGCAGCACCAGGGCCACAGUCGUGACCGCGAAAAGCGGGAGAAGGAGCGGCAGGAGCUGCGCAUCCUCGUCGGCACAAACCUCGUCCGACUCAGCCAGCUCGAGGGCGUCAACGUCGAGAAAUACAAACAGAUUGUUCUGGCUGGAGUCCUGGAGCAGGUGGUGAACUGCAGAGAUUCUCUGGCACAGGAGUACCUCAUGGAGUGUAUUAUACAGGUUUUCCCAGACGAGUUCCACCUCCAGACCCUGAACCCAUUUCUCCGAGCGUGUGCUGAGCUCCACCAGCACGUCAAUGUCAAGAACAUCAUCAUAGCUCUUAUUGACAGGUUGGCUCUGUUUGCCCACAGAGAAGACGGACCUGGAAUCCCUGCCGAGAUCAAACUCUUUGAUAUUUUCUCCCAGCAAGUGGCCACAGUCAUCCAGUCUCGUCAGGACAUGCCGUCGGAGGACGUCGUGUCUCUGCAGGUGUCCCUCAUUAACCUGGCUAUGAAGUGCUACCCUGAGCGCGUCGACUACGUAGACAAGGUUCUCGAGAGCACCGUCGAGAUCUUCAACAAACUCAACCUGGAGCACAUUGCGACGAGCAGCGCCGUAUCGAAGGAGCUCACCAGGCUGCUGAAGAUCCCUGUGGACACCUACAACAACAUCCUGACGGUCCUGCAGCUCAAACACUUCCCGCCGCUCUUCGAGUACUUCGAUUACGAGUCACGCAAGAGCAUGAGCUGCUACGUGCUCAGCAACACGCUGGACUACAACACCACCAUCCUGGUCCAGGAGCAGGUGGAUGCGAUCCUGAGCCUGGUGUCCACACUGAUCCAGGAUCAGCCAGAUCAGCCUGCAGAGGAUCCCGACCCGGAGGACUUUGCAGAGGAGCAGAGUUUAGUGGGCCGCUUCAUCCACCUUCUGCAUUCCGAAGAUCCGGACCAACAGUACCUGAUAUUAAACACAGCCAGGAAGCACUUCGGAGCCGGGGGUAAUCAGAGGAUCCGCUACACGCUGCCCCCACUGGUGUUCGCCGCUUAUCAGCUGGCCUUCCGCUACAAAGACAACGCCUCCUCGGACGAUAAGUGGGAGAAGAAGUGCCAGAAGAUCUUCUCCUUCGCCCAUCAGACCAUCAGCGCGCUGAUCAAGGCCGAGCUGGCCGAGCUGCCGCUGCGUCUCUUCCUGCAGGGGGCGCUCGCCGCCGGAGAGAUCGGCUUCGAGAACCACGAGACCGUCGCCUACGAGUUCAUGUCCCAGGCGUUCUCUCUCUAUGAGGAUGAGAUCAGUGACUCUAAGGCCCAGCUUGCCGCCAUCACGCUGAUCAUCGGGACGUUCGAGCGCAUGCGCUGUUUCAGCGAGGAGAACCACGAGCCUCUGAGAACCCAGUGCGCUCUCGCUGCCUCCAAACUGCUGAAAAAACCUGACCAGUGCCGCGCCGUCAGCAUCUGUGCUCACCUCUUCUGGUCCGGACGCAACACUGACAAAAACGGAGAUGAGAUCCGUGACGGGAAGCGUGUGAUGGAAUGCUUGAAGAAGGCCCUGAAGAUCGCCAACCAGUGCAUGGACCCGUCUCUGCAGGUGCAGCUGUUCAUCGAGAUCCUCAACCGCUACGUGUGUUUCUACGAGCGCGAGAACGACGCGGUGACCGUUCAGGUCCUGAACCAGUUGAUCCAGAAGAUCCGUGAGGACCUGCCCAACCUGGAGGCGAGCGAGGAGACGGAGCAGAUCAACAAACACUUCCACAACACACUGGAGCACCUGCGCCUGCAGAGGGAGUCGCCCGAGUCAGAGGGCCCCGCCUACGAGGGGCUGGUGCUGUAGAGGCCACGCCCCUUCACUAAACACACAUACCUACAUCUGUCUGUGUACACACCCCUAUAGACAUACAGAGAGAGAGAGAGAGAGAGAGAGAGAGUGUGUGUGUGUGUGUGUGUGUGUGUGUGUGUGUGUGUGUGUGUGUGUGUGUGUGUGUGUGUGUGUGUGUGUGUUACACCCGAACAUCUGCUCCAGUUAAUAGAAAACCAAACCCAGCCGCCGUCUGUUACUGCUCUUCGUUUGCUCUUUCUUUCUCUUUCUCCUUUUGUUUUUUUUUUCUACAAAUAAACAAAGAAAAUUAGUUUUGUUUUCCUUUUUUCUUUCUCUCCUUUUUCCUGUUUUUCUUUUUUCUUUUUCCCCCUUUCUUUCGUUCUUUUUCUCUUUCUAUAAAUAAAGGAGAGAAUUAAUACGUUGUUUUCUUUCUCAUUUUUUCAUUUUUUCUCUAUUUUUCUAUCUUUUUCCCUUUUUUCUAUUUAUUGUUUAUUGCCAUUCCUUCUUUCUUUUUCUGUUUAUUUUUAUUUUUUUGUCUUUCUGUAAUCGCAAAAAGAAAAUUAACAUUUUCUUUUCUAUUUAUUUUCUCUUUGUUUUCUCUCUUCCUCUGGUUAUUGUUUUUUUAUUAUUAUUAUUUAUUCUUUCUUACUUAGUUUUUUUCCUCUUUUGUCGUUUCUUUCUUCCCGGGGAUUUGUUUUUGUUUGCUCCGUGUGUCUGUGUGGCGGUUCAUUAGGAUGUGCUGCUUUUUUUUUUUUUUUUUUCUCUUUUUUUUUUUCCUCCCUCUUUUUUUUUCUUUUCUUUUUUUCUUUUUUUUUCCGUACCCCUGCACUUCAAGAGAAUCCAUGCUGCCAGUUUUUCUCCAUUUUUCUGUCAUCUCUCUGUGUCCUUCACUCAGUUUUAUAUUCUCUCUCUCUCUCUCGCUUUUCCAGUCUGUUUAUUUCCGUGGCGGUGUUGUCGGUCUACGCUGGAGUAAAAUGUGAAGAGAUGAAAUGGUGUGUGUUUGUGUCACAUGCUGGUGCGUUGGCUUUCCUACAGAGCGGAGGCAGACGCGUGCGUGCGUGCGUGCGUGCGUGCGUGUGUGCGUGUGUGUGUGCGUGCGUGCGUGGCGGCUAUCAGUUUCCUCAGCCUCCAGCUCUGUACAUCAUGUUCCCUUAUAUUUUUUAACUCAUUACUUCCCUCUGUCCCCUAGUCAUAUAUUGUGUAUAAUCUGAUUGUAAAUCGGCUAAAAACCAGAGUAUCGUUGAUUUCAUGUCCUUUGCGCAAAUAAACAGAACAUUAACCCUGUGA